GCGUUUCCAGCUGAGUGCUUGCGCUCUCUCAGUGUGUGUGCGCUGUCAUUAUUACCAUCCAGUCUGCUCCCUGCUCAGAAUGGCCAGAUUCACUCAGAGUGAGACAAGGAGGCAGCAUCCAGAGCAUCCCCAUCCCGCUCACUCCAGCCUGGUUUUCACAGGACCCGGGGCUCCGCCGACCCAACCUCCACUCCUCCUUAUCCCGUACCAGCACCAGUACGCUCAGAUCCCAUUUCCUAAACCCAUGAACGGGUCAGAAUCCAUCUCCAUUCAUCCGGAGAACGGCACCAUGAAAGACCAAGAUGCCAUAAAACUAUUUAUCGGGCAAAUACCGCGGAAUCUUGAGGAAAAAGACCUGAAACCGCUAUUCGAACAGUUUGGGAAAAUCCACGAAUUGACAGUAUUAAAGGACCGAUACACCGGCAUGCACAAAGGCUGUGCAUUCCUCACCUACUGUGCCCGGGAGUCUGCCAUCAAAGCCCAGAAUGCCCUCCACGAACAGAAGACGCUUCCCGGGAUGACUCGGCCCAUCCAGGUGAAGCCGGCUGACAGCGAGAGCCGUGGAGAAGACAGGAAGUUGUUUGUGGGGAUGCUGAACAAACAACAGACGGAGGAGGAUGUCUAUCGCCUGUUUGAGCCCUACGGAGUCAUCGAGGAGUGCACCGUGCUAAGAGGUCCUGAUGGAAACAGCAAAGGCUGUGCCUUUGUUAAGUUCUCCACGCAUGCUGAGGCUCAAUCUGCAAUCAGUGCCCUGCAUGGCAGCCAGACCAUGCCUGGUGCCUCGUCCAGCCUGGUGGUCAAAUUUGCCGACACAGACAAGGAGCGCACCAUCCGGCGCAUGCAGCAGAUGGUGGGUCAGUUCGGCAUCUUUAACCCUGCCGUCGCCCUGCCCUUCAGUGCCUACAGCAGCUACGCGCACGCGCAGCUGAUGCAGCAGCAGGCGGCCCUCAUGGCGGCCAGCCAUGGCGGCUACCUGACGCCCAGCGUGGCUUUCCCCGCCACCCAAAUCCACCAAAUGGGGGCCCUCAACAUCAACAGCCUCCCGCCCACCCCCAUGACCCCGGUGUCGGGUGAGUUUCAUCAGACUCUUGCAGGCCUCAGCUCACCUCCCACCAGCAUCACAUCGCCGGCCGUCCCGAGCAUCGUCACGCCUAUCGUCAACGGCUUCGCUGGCAUCCCUCACCAGCCUAACGGCCACCCAGCUGUGGAGGCCGUCUACGCCAACGGCCUGCCCCCCUACUCCACCCAGAGCCCCACCGCGGCCGACACCCUCCAGCAGGCCUUCACCGGGGUGCAACAGUAUACAGCAAUUUAUCCGGCGACCACACUGACCCCUAUUGGCCAAACCUUGCCACAGCCAGCCCAGGUCAUUCAACAGCAACAACAAAGAGAAGGGCCUGAGGGCUGCAAUCUCUUCAUCUACCAUCUACCACAGGAGUUCGGCGAUAACGAACUCAUGCAGAUGUUUUUGCCCUUUGGCACAGUGAUCUCCUCCAAGGUGUUUAUGGACAGGGCUACCAACCAGAGCAAGUGCUUUGGCUUCGUGAGCUUCGAUAACCCGGCGAGCGCACAGGCUGCCAUCCAGGCCAUGAACGGCUUCCAGAUCGGCAUGAAGCGGUUGAAAGUACAGUUAAAGCGGCCGAAGGACGCCAGCCGCCCCUACUGACAGAGCUGGAACCACGCCGGGCUGUCUUCAGCAGCACAGGUUUUGAAGAUUGACAUCUCAAAAGGAGUGCAGUUUUUUUCUUUAAAAAUAAAUAAAACAAGAUAAAAAAAAAAAGAAGAUGAAAGGUUUUUUUUUUUUUCUUUCCGAAGACAUAUCAGCAUUUACUUACAAAGCUGUUCAGCGGAGUGGAGAGAACUGACGGAAGCAGCACGCCAUAGACAAGCAGCACAGCGUAAGAAAGACAAGGCAGGAACAGAGCGGGAAAUCCCGAACCACCAGGACUUUUGCGCUCCAGAACUCCUUUCGCUGAGACUCGAGUCAUCAGUUACGCAACAAACAAAAAAAUAGCAUCCAGAGCAAAUAGAUUUCUAUAUCCAUAUUAUAUACACAUAUGCUAUAUCAAGGAAGAGGCGCUUCCAGCUUUUAAUUAUACUGGACAAAUGAGGGUUCAAACUUAAAGAUCAAAGGGAAACGCAGUGGAUGAAUCGCUCCUCUGUGCCGCCAGCAGACUUCCUUCUCUUCUUCCUUCUCUCCUUUCGUCUGUCCCCGUCUCUCAGCAAGCAUGGAACUCGGGGCCGUCUGUGGUCGCGGAUGUUUCCAUAGCUACAGUGCAACUGAAAAACCUUUCACCCCAAGGGACCAAAGGACCAAACAUUUUUAUUGUUCGACAGUAAUAUAUAGUAUUGAUGAUGAUACUAAUACUACAAACUACUACUAAUGAUGUUACACGUAAAAAUAAAAAAAUAAAAAAAGGGAGGGAAAAAUAAAAAAAAAAAGAGAGAGAGAGGAGAUACUUCAGGUUGGAAGAGGAAAGGGAUUUCUUUUCCUUUUACAUUUAAAACUACUGGGUUUCAGAAUAUUUAAACAAAAUAGAAAAAGAGGAAAAAAAAGUAUUUUAAAAUCUAUACUAUUUUAGUGGAGUAGAAUAUGUGGAUUGGAGAUUGUCACGGGCGUGUUCUGGCAUUGUUCAUCCAUAGUGAUUCAGACUCUAUAUCUGGUACAUUUGGA